UUUCAACAUGGCCGCUUCCAUUCGAACUUCAAUUUUGCUUAAAGCGAGUCGUAAACUGCAGCAUGCUUCAUUGUAUAGAGGAUUAGAGGGAGAACAACAAUUUUCCUCACAUAGGAAGCUGCAUUUCUGGUGCCCAUCUCGUUGUGGGCUAUAUAGGUCCACUCGUUCACAUUAUAACCGUUAUGAGCAGAAACAGAAAAGUACACAUCUCCCAUUGUCACUUGGCACAGUUGGAAUCUUGACUACAGCGAAGAAACUUAUUGGGCUGGAAGACGAAGGGGAAGAAAAAAAAGAAGAUGAAGUUGUCAUCACAAUCAAACGAGCAAUACUUGCCCAGCAAGAUGGGCGAUUUCACACAGCAGAACAGCUACUCCAUGUAGCAUUGAAAAUGGCACAAGAAAGGGCAGAUAUGCAAGCUCAAACCUAUAUCUUUGACUGCAUGGCCAAUUUUGCAGCUGAAGCUAAUGACUUGGAAAAGGCAGAGAUACUCUUUAAAGAGACACUGCAGCGACUAAUUGCAUCUGGGGAAGAGCAGGACAGCAAUGCUGUCGUGGAAUUAUCUCUAAAACUUGUCAAAAUAUAUGCAGCACAAAAGAAGCAUGACUUAGCAACUCAGGGUAUUGAGUUCUGCCUUAAUACCCAAGAGAAGAAAAUAAAAUCUGCAAAAGCUUUAGAUGCUGACACGUACCUUCUUUGGGCAAUGACCAAGGAUUGGUAUGCCAGUUACCUAAUGUCUCAGAAACGGCUCAAGGAAGCUCAGGAACAGUAUGAAAAGGCACUAUCAAUUUGCGAGGCUGUGAAUGGGCCAAAUCAUCCUCAGACCCUCGUUCUGCUGAAUGAUCUUGGUAGUGCCUGUUCCUUGCAACAGAACUAUGAUGAUGCUGCGGUGUAUCUAAAAAAAGCUGUGAAGAUUGCUUCGAUUGUUGAAAGCGAAGAACUUCCUGUUUACUACUGUAAUCUUGGAGCUGUUCACACAUACAGAGGAGAGUAUGACGAAGCAAAAGACUGCUGCACAAAGGCCCUACGAUUAGCCAGAAAGCAUAGCAACCAUGAAGCUGGAGAGCAGGCGAUAAAAUGCCUUGCUAAUAUUCAGUCAGAAAGCGGAAAAUAAACCAAUUUGUUUAAUUUGCAUUGUGCAUAGUUAUUCAGGCACUCGGGUCCACAAUCCAUUUGAAUGCUUCUAGUCUGUUCUAUAAAAAGGAAGUUGUAUGCUAUCUUAUUGCCAGGUGGUAAUUGGCAACUGUAGCUUCAUUGUAUGAUAUAUAUACUGAGUGUGGUGCAUACUUUCUGCAAUGAGUGUAGGGCCUUAAAAAAUCAAUGUUGAUAAUGAUGUGAUUUGAUAUUCUGUGUGAUUUUAUCUAUGAUACAUGUAUGUGGCUAUUUUUGAAAACCACAUUUUAUAAUCACAAGGAUUUUCAAUAUGUUAUUUAAUUAAAUAUUCAAAGGGUGAAAAUUGUCUUUAGAAUUAAGUGUCACAUGUUAUAUCUACAGUAGAAGUCCAAAAAUCUAGAUGCCAAAAUUCCGUACCACCCGAGAAUCCUGACUUUUUGAAAACUUGCAUUUAACUCUUUGUUUAAUAAACUAAACUAAAAAUAAACAAUUAAUUUAUAUAAAAUAACUUUCGCUUUCAUUUGUUUACUGUAUUUUUCUUGUACAAUAUUCAUUUUCAAACAUGAUUUCAAGCAUUGCACACUCUUUUUUGUGGUGAAAAAUUUUCAUGUUUAAAUUUUUGUCAAUCGUUGACUUUAUUUUACUUUAAAACUGCUCGUUUUUAUAAAUGAAGCAUGCUGUGUUUGCUAAUGAAUAAACUAUCAAAAUUUACAUGUUCAUCUCUUUAUUCUUCAUAAAAUUAUAAUUUUAAAAGUACUGCCCGAGAAUCCGGAAAAUCCGAUAUUCCGGACCGACCCAAUCCCCAAGCAGUCCGGAUUUUUGGACAUCUACUGUAUUGAAUUAUGCAGCAUAACAUAACAGGAAAAAAUACGGAAAACAACCUAAUGGUAACUAUAGUAGUAUUACUUUUCUACUUUGCAGCAUUAUGAAGAGAUAAUAAUAUGGAUGAUAUUGGCAUUAAAUCAUCAUGAAUAGAAGAUUACCAGGUGCCGAUCGUUUACUUCUGAUUAUCAUUACCGUCGUCAUCAAAUAUGUGCAAUGGACUAUAGAGCAAUUAAUGAACACAUUGAACAGUUAAAGUA